CGAGGCAAGUAUUGUGAGGUGGGGGCAUGGCAUUGGAGGGGUGGAAUUCACUCUUCCAGCCCCCUGCACCACGGGUCCAUCAUCUUUUGGCCCUCCCAAUGGUUUGAUUGUCUAGCCACCUACAUACGCGAGAAGCAUCGAACCAUGUCGGGUUAUUGGUCUUUGUUCUACGAGGACCAAAACACUUGGAGUCAAGCCUUGUCCGACGUGUGUUCCACCAUCGUCAACUAUGGCGUGGAGAUCCCUUGGUGCGUGUGUCACACCUCGUCCAGCCUAAUCCAGGUGGUCUCCGAGUCUAUGGCCGUGUUCUUUCUCUCACUCUCCGCAGUCACGGGUGCCGACGAGUGGUGGACCAUCGAAUGGACCGUGGCCUCGAUGUUGAUCACGCUGGAACUCCCCAUCAUUAUCAAACGGGCCCACCGCAACUGGUUGGCGCUUGUCUCUCAAGUUUGCUUCUUGAUCACUGGUCUAUGUUGGAUGGGUUGCUUCCUGGAGGUGGCGGCCGGCAUCCAAGGUGGGGUGGUCUUUGGCGGCCGCCUUUUCUACCCGGCCUUAUUCUUGCUGGGCAUUGCGUUGGGCGGGGUAGUACACACUUUGAACCUCAUCAAUGCGGAAAUUUAUGGAUUUGGACCGUUCGAGGCCGACAACAAGGACGCCAGGGUUAUGAAACCCCUGCGAGCCUUUUGUAAGCUUUUGUCGUAUGAAGCCCUGAUGAUGUUCUCGCUGGCUACGUUCGGUCUUCCCAAAAUCGAGGCCGAGACAAGUCCAUUGCCCUGGCUUUGUCUGUUCCCAUUGAUCUCGAUCGGCAAGGAGGCUAGUGAGUACUUGACUGAGCCCGAAGCCUCCAAUGUCCACAGUCAAACUAAUGGAUCCGUAUCUAAAGAUAAAAGUGAAACCGAUAGCAGCCCCCAUGAAUCCACGGAAAAGGACGUCGUCGCCAAAACCGCCGCCGAUACUGUGAAAAAAAUGGCCGAUGCCACUGUCAAAGCCACCGAAACAAAAUCCAAAGAAAACCCAACCAAGAAAACCACUGACAGCUCAAAUGCUAAGAUCGACGAGACUAAAGGUCCAGAGAAAGGUUCAACUGACACGACAGCCAUUAUUGAAGCCAAUGACGAGUCUCCCGUCCCCAAAGUUUCUGUCAUUUCCAAGAUGCUGGCCGCUUUCUAUAGUGGGUGCCACGUUGUGUGCUCUGGUUUAAUGUGUCUCAUGGGUCGGAUUCGAUCCUUGCCCUGGGAGUGCAUCACCACGAUUAUCCUAGGUUUGGGCACCCAUAUCACCAGCGCUUACAUAUUUUGGACACUCACCAACGAUAUCGUAGCUUGGAUCUUGCCGAUGGUCCUGAUUUUAACCCCAUUGUCAUUGGCUAAAUUUGGCGCUAAUAUCGCCAAAAACAAACGUACCCUCGUUAUGGAUAUGACCACCUGUGGUGUGGCGGUUGGACAGUACUAUCUUUACAAAAGCAACAUUAUUCAAGCUUACUAAGGCCUUUGAAGGUUAUUUGGUUUUGCUCUUUCAACUAUUUUCGAAAGGUUAUAAAGUUCGAUCUCCGAUCGAUUUUUUUGCUUUUGAUCCCUACCAAUGCCAAUUCUUCAUGUUCCUCACCCCAAAAAAUUAUUGCUAUAUUGUACCUAAGUCUGAAUGACAUUCAAGUCAAAUCGAAUGAUGUAACAGAGCCUAAAUGAAAGAGAGCUUUUUCUCCUUUUCCUACUCCUUUUCUUCCAGUCAACAAUUGGUAAAGUACAAAGUCCGGUCCAAAGAGAAGCUCAAGGACCAAAAAAUAUUUUCUUUUAUUGAAUCAUUCUCCCUAUUCUCAUUGGCACAGGAAAGCCUCAUAUCCAUUUUCUGAAUGUACCAUAGAAUUCACCGUCAUUUUAUUUAAAGUAACCGAUGAUCUCAAGAAGACGUAUUCUCCUCGAGAGUUGUCUCGAGGUAACUUCUCAUGCCUGACUUCUUGCACUGGAGACAGUUUCGAAUGUCGAAAAAGUUAAUAACUUGAUCUCUUGUAUGAUUGAUGAUAAACUUCUGUGAGAUUCAUUUACCCACAGAGCAUCUGCCACCUUUCAGUAUUGUAAUGCAUCCCUUUCACUUGUACAAGUACUUGCUAACUAUUGUGUUGGGGAAAGGGUUAAUAUCUACUUACAAAUUGCUAUUUCCUGUCAAUCGACAAGUCCGAAUACGUCGUUUAGCGAUGAGCGCAUAAUAAAGGGAAAAAAAACUUGUACCACAGUGUUCGUUUCAUGAUGUUACGCAGUGUUUAUUAUAUUCAAUGGAGAUAUCAGAAGGAUUAGAUAAAAAUUGACAGGUUUGUAAAUGGGGUGGGAGUUCGAAAUAAUUGACCUAGUAUUAAAGUGCCACGGGGUCUCCACGGGACCACCGAGGCAAGGAGUAGUUGUUGAUUUCUUGAAAGAUCACUUAAUUGUCAUUGGUUAUAGAGUAGAGGUUAGCGUCUACAAUGAAUUUUAGGUUUUCUUUUUAGAUAUAUUUGUUCUCAUGAAAUGUGUGUCUUUUCUUUAAAACACAGAAGUUGAGGAUCAAGAUGUAUGGUUAGUGAUAGUAUAUAAAAUCGCUGUAUGUUUAUGCUUUAUCGACAAUUUGUGCUUCAAAGUCGACAACUUAAGACCGGGAGGGAGUUGUUGGUUUCUUUCUUAGCAUGUGAGAAUUUGCCAGUCUUUGUUUCCAAAUCGUUUAGUCCUGAAUUAUGAGAUGAAGGACCACUUACAAGAAGAAUCAUAUUACUGUGCAUUUUUAUCCAAUUGGAUGUUGAUGUAAAUGAAAAAAACACUACUAUUAUUAUGGCGAUGUUUGUAAUGAUAACGACAAUAAAAAUAAUCUUAAGAAGAAUUGAAGUAAUAAUGACGCUGAUAAGCAUUCAAAUGAUUAUAGAAUGAGUAAUGACAGCAUAUUUCGGAGUUUGAAUGGGGAAUGAAUGACAGAGUCAAAUUCCGGAAUAUUGAAAUGGCAUUUAACGUUAGUACGGUGAUUUUUGGAGGGGCAUAUGUUAAGGUUGAUGUCUCCAUUGGCUGGCAAUCAUACAGUUGAUCAAAUGUAGGUUUGUUUUUU